GUGGUAUCUCGCAAAUAGUUGAAUUAAUCAACAGAUUCAAAAGUUUUGUAGCCGUUGAAAAUCUCCGCUAUAUGCUUCAAAACUUUUCUGCCUCUGAACCCAUUUAUCUGGGCUAUGAGCUCAAGUAUCCUGGCACCAACCUGCCCUUCAACUAUUGGAAAAGUGGCUACGUGCUGAGCCGAGAGGCCUUAAGGCGUUAUACAGUAGAGGCCGAGAAGCCAGAUACGAAGCACUGCAUGAAAAUGCAGGGCUUCACAGAGGAUUUGGAGCUUGGACGCUGUUUAAUGAAUGUGGGCGUGGUCACAGGCGAUACUCGGGAUGAGUUCGGUCACGAGACUUUUAUACCGAUCGUAACAAGCGAACUGUUUAUAAAGGGCUACGAGUAUAUUCCCUGGCUACGGAAUAUGAGUUGGCACUCCACGGAUUUGCAUACGGUCCCCAUAUCAAGACGGGCAAUUACAUUCCAGGUGUCUUAUCCACCCAGAAUAUUUGAUUUAUAUUACUUUAUGUAUCAUGUACGUAUUUUUGGCAAACCUCUGCGCAAUUCCAUGGAGCUGUUGUCUUCUCAACCCGCCCAGCAGCUGACUAGUGUUGCGCCUUUGGCUCGUUUAACGCUUCCCGCAUUCAACUGCACUUGUCAAUUCUCAAUUUCAAACUGCAAACGAAGCGUAACCAAAGUUUUGCAUCAGCUUCGACUUGCGCGGCACGCAAAGGCAUUGCCCGAGACAGCUCCCGGCAGCCAGUACAGACCACAAGCCACGGUUCACAGCCGAGACAGCCGACAUAUCAUCAUCAUCAUCUUUCGAGCUGAUUUCAGUACCAGUUUUAAAAUGAGACAGCUCUUAGGCACGCGACGCUUCUUUCUGAGUGGCAAAAAUAAAAUUAGCAUCAUAAAUCCGUGCAGCGGCUACUCUGCGAUGGUCUGCUCCAUACUCCGUACCAUCCAGAAAUUGGCGAUUCUCGGACUGAUCUGUCUGCUGGUCAUGAUGUUGCUGCAAAGGGCUCCAGAGCCAAAAGCUGCAAGGGCUGCUCCGCCAGCAGCGCGUAUCUUUUGCAUUAUCUCCACCUACUAUUAUCGGCAAGAGUCGACGGCGGUGCAUGUGAAACGCACCUGGUCCAAGCACUGUGAUAAGUAUCUAUUUGUCAGCGAUGAUGCCCACGAGGAGCUGGAGCCCGCCGUUUUUCUGAAUUUGAAUGAUAAAUGGAUGCAAAUGCGUGCUCACUUUGAGUACGUGUACAAAUAUCACUUCGACGAGGGCGAUUGGUUUCUCUAUGCCAAUGAUGAUAACUUUGUCGUGGUGGAGAACCUACGCUACAUGCUGCAGCCCUACAGGCCCGAGGAGCUCAUUUACUUUGGCUGCAAGAUGCGCAAUGCCGCCAACCAGACCUUCAUGUACCAGCGAUCGGGUAUUGUCUUUAGCAGCGCUGCACUUAGGCAAUUCGUCCUGAAGGCCAUGCCUAAUGAGACCAUCUGCAGCUCAAGCCCACAGGGCGACGCCGCAACUGAGCAAUUGGGCCGUUGUCUCAGCAAUGUGAAUGUUCUAGCUGGCGAUAGCCGAGAUCACUUGGGCGAUCACCGUUUUAUACCUUUCGUAUUAAAAGAACACCUGGGCAGACCACUGAAUGCAUCGCUGGAGCAUCACAAAUACUUCCUCGAUCGGUUCUACUACGAUGUGGUCGAUCUCAACGUGCCAGCCUCUUUGCGCCUAAUUUGCACAAAAUUCGAAUAUAUGCCACAUAUAUACAACUUUUAUUAUCUAACGUAUCAGGUGAGGAUAUUUGGAGCCUCCGAAGCGAGAGCAUGGAAUGAAAAACUCGAAGGAGUCCAAGCCAAAUCCAAGGUACCACAUCAAAAAUAAAGCUAUGCCGUUAAUC